ACGUUUUCUAAUGCUAAGAUACGACGCAGCUAUUGGUAAUUUCAAUUAGUUAAUUAUAAAAUGUGCAUUUGAAGCUUACGUGCAUAGCAAUACAUUCAAACACCACAAGCCUGUUUUGCUCUAACAAGUAACAAGGCAUUAAGUUUGUUGAAAACAAAAAAAUAUAACGGCACUUCUUUUGAAGAAAAAUCGUGAACGCCUAACAAACAUCUUCGCAGGUUCAAUAUGCGGCGCCGUGAAAUACAACAAUUGUUUGCACAAAUUGUCCAAUCGGAGGGCGAGGAUAAAUAUACAUCAGAGGAAUGGCAGGAAAUUUUCGAUGACUUUUGGAAAUGCAUGUUGGAUAUUACAGUGCCCUGUGUUAGACUCGAUACGCCUGAAAGUUUAGAUGAGCUACUAAGGAAAUCUAAAGAACCUGUGCCCUUAAGUCGUCCCCCGUCUCCCGACGAUUUGGAGCCUUUGUCAGUGUGGCGAGCGCGUAUGAGGGCAAAUUUUAAGCCACCGCAGCCUGAAAAGAUAGAAAAGGUGGAAACUCAAUUAGAAGAGAUAAAGAAAGUUAUAAAAUCUGCACCACUUCGUAAACAGUCACCAACAACUGUUCCGGAAUUUCCUAAACGUAAACGUGGUCGUCCUCGUAUACUUAAAAAAAAAAAUGAGACGCAGGCGGCUCAAGGAAAAGAAAAGCAAAAUAAUAAAGAUCAAGUGCCUAUAAAAAAGUGCAGUGAUGAAGUUAAGGUUAAAGACAAUAAAAUAAAAGAUGAACCACUGAAGGUAGAAAUAAAAUCUAAACCCUUCAAAGAGAUCAAGAUAAUAGGAACUGAAAAGGCACCCGCGAUAAAUAUCAAACCUAAGAAAAUUACGCAAACAAAACGCAAACCUAUGCAGAUGCAACUAAUCAAAGAAGCACAUGUUCACCCAAUAACUCCCAUUAAUUUGAAGAUUACUGAGAAUAUACUGAUCAAAGAGAAGCCUAUACAAUUGCCAUUGAGUGCAGACGAUUUGAGCUUGCCCAAGAAUGCAACUCCCUCGCUGGAAGCAGAUAAUAAAAUUAACAAUAUGCCAUUGGAAAAUAUAACACAUGAAAACCACUUGCCCAAGAACACAAGUCACGUGCUGGAUGCAGAUAAUCAAAUUAACAAUAUGCAAUUUGAAAAUAUGACACUCGAAAGCCACUUGCAGUUGGAUAACGAAAUGACUGAAUUGUUUGCUGAUAAUAUUGUUGAUCAAUUUAUGGAUGUGGAGCAGACAGUUGGCGUUGAGGAGAUUGAUCGUUUUAUAGAAAGCUUUAGUAACAAAACGCCUUCUGAAAUUGAUGAUGCGCUUGCGGAUACCACACAUUUUUUUGAGAAGUUAUCAAAAACGCCUAUAGACUUGGAUAGGCUGGACUAUGAAUAUGACGAGAAUCUUGAUGGCGAUAUACUCUCAAUGGACACUUCAUGGGAGGGCGAUUCGGAUGAUGACAAUGCAGCCAAACAGACAAAGAAAAAAUAUAACUUAAAAACUGCUAGCAAUAAGGAGCAACAGCAGCCUCAAGAAAUUGUGCCAAGUACAGCUAAAGCUGCAGCAGUCAACAAAGCAAUGGCUAGAAAGCAAGCGGAACCUCAAAGUAAAGGGCAAAUUAUUGCUAUAAUACCAGCUGAUGACAAUUUAAGUAGACAGAUGAAGAUAAAGGAGAAUUUACAACCUGCUCAGACUGAAGCUCUACAACAGUCCGCCAGGAAAACACCUACUGCGCCUACAACGAUGCCCAAAUUUCGCAUACAGAAGAUAUCUAAGACGCAGCCAACGCAACAAAAUUACUUACCGCUAGAUAAUAUUAUAAAGAGCAUGGAUACCAAUGGGCCCACGUCACAGAUAAAAAAAGGUAAUGGACAUCAAACGCAACAACAAGCCUGCAUAGAGCGACGUGUGACAGCAACACCCGCCGCACCCGCACCUAUAUUUGCGCCACCUUAUCGACGACCGGCGCCAGCUGCAGCAGCAUUACCAGUCGCACCACCACCACCAGCAGCAACACUACCAGUUGCACCACCACUAGCAGAACCACUACCAGUUGCACCACCAGCAGCAGCAGUAGAAGCGGACCUGCCAAUAAAACCUUGCAAAGGUAUCUACGCUGCACUCUUUGGCAUCAAUUGUUGGAAAUAUUUAAGCAAAACCUGUGAGCAGUCGAAUUGCAACCACACGUUUAAUGACGCGAUCUAUGUGCAGAGAUGUCUCAGUGAGCUGCAUACAAGAGAAUUGCUGAACAGCUAUAGUUUUGUGCUACGCCAUGGCAUGCUCUUUAAAUACUUUUUUAUGUUGUAUGCAAAUGUCUUUUCCGCAAAACAAUUUCUGUGGGGCUUGCAGCAAAUGGUUGAGGACUGCGCGCUCUAUAUGGAUCUAAGCGCACCGUUUCUUAUGGAUUUAUAUCAAUGCUUAUUAAGGCAUGGCAUGCCAACACAGGCAGCUGCAGGACACUUUAUGCAACAUUUGUGGCAGCCAAAGCAGGCCUGCAAGUAUAUUAAAUCUACCAAUCAGUUGUUGCUGAUCCUAGCACAUGCAGAUUGGUACAGCUACAUUCCACAGCUGGACCAAUUAUUGCACAACGAACCCUUUCCCUUGCCUCUACAAUUCUUAUCAAUCAUUGCUCACAAUGCAAUGACCACCAAUCAGCCCGAGCUAGUGAAAAAAGCGAGCGACUACCUGUUGUUUUAUCCAAUCAACAAAAGUACCGAGAACCUCAGUUCCGCUCUGCAAUUACUUCAAUCGAUUCUGUCAUAUACUGGUGGACAACGAAGCUAA